GUACUUCUUCAUAGCGGAAACUCCGAAUUGAAAGUAUGGCUGCUUACAGUAUUGGCAGAUGCAGUGGAAUUUUCCGCAGUGUUAUCAAUGCUAAUAUAAGGCCAGCAAUUUGCAAUGCUUGGUAUGGUACAGUUCAGGAUAAUGUAUCGAAGAAAGAGCAACCAUCUAAACCUGCCUCAGCAUUUGUUUUGUUUUACAAGGAUAAAUUACCAAUGAUAAAGGAGAAUAACCCAGGAGAAACUAAAAUAGCUGUGCUGUCCAAAUUGGCUGGUGAAAUGUGGCAUAAACUACCAGACAAUGAAAGACAGAAAUAUUUAAAAUCAAGCCAAGAUGCAAUGGCCAUUUACUCUGAGAAGUUAAAGAACUACACCGCAGGAUUGAGCUCUGAACAGCUGGAGGAAAUUGCACUAAAUGCAUGGAGAAUGCGUGAAGAAAAGAAGAUUAAAAAGGCAUACCAGGCGGCUUUGUCAAAACAUCCUAUGCCAAAAAGACCCAAACCUGCUAUGUGGGUUUUUGGUGAGACCAUUGAUAGUAAAAACUGCACAUUAAAGGAGCUGAAUCAGAAAGUGAAAUCAGGAUGGCAGGGGUUGUCUUAUGCAGAGAAAGAGACAUAUGUUGCUGGCUAUGAAGAAAAGAUGGAGCGAUGGAAGACAGACUUUGGACUAUGGGUACAAGACAUGGUACUAGAUGGUUCCUCUGACUUCAUUACUAUGCAUGAGCUGAAGCAGGAGCUGCGAAGACUUGGCAUGCCAAAACGUCCAAUAACUGCCUUCAUGUUAUAUACAAGAGCAUGUCGGAUGGAGCAAGGCAACAUGUCUAUAACAGAGUUUUCCAAGGAGAUGGGAUCUCGCUGGAAGCAGUUGAGCGAUGAAGAAAAGCAGGUUUUCAAUAAAGAAUGGAAAAAUGAAUGGGACAAUUACACGAAGGAUAUGUCACAAUGGAAAGCAAGUCUGAAUGAACGCGAAGCUACCUUCUCUGAGCUGGCUCAAAAGAUCAUUAAGGGAACCCUAGAAAGAGAAAUAAAAGCAGCAGAAAAAAUGUUGGAAAAACAGAAAGAAAAAGAGAAAAUUGCAAAGGAAAAGGAAAAAGAACAAAAGAAACUAAUCAUGCAAAAGGAAAAGUUAGCCAAGCAAAAGGAAAAAGAGAAGUUAGCGAAACAAAAAGAAAAAGAGAAAUUAGCAAAACAGAAAGAAAAAGAAAAAUUUGCCAAACAAAAGGCAAAAGAACAAGAGAAGUUAGCCAAAAAAAAUCCAAAAUAAUGGAAAUUAGCCAGAUAAAUGAGACAAAAAGGACAUUGGAACAUUGAAAGGCAUAAUUACUACAUGAUAAUACGACAUCAGUGGCAAAAGGGACAAUGGUUGGGUAGUUGUUACAGAAUUGUAUGAUAUCAGUGGUGUACUGUAGCAGUUGUAUCAACAUCUUCUGUUAAUGAACCCAGUAUUUUAUCUCACCACUGGAUAAUGAGCCACAUUUGUGUUGAGGGCAGUUUCACUUAUCUUUUAAUCUGUAAAAGAUGAUGUGUUUGUUAAUACUUUAGAAUGUAGAACAUCAUUGUUUUCAAAAUAAAAGUUUCUGCAUUUGUAAUACAGAUGAUCAAAAUUGAAUGUAUUGCCUGAACCAUCUUAGGUGGAACAAGGAGAUCAAAUAUACAGUGUAUUUGUGUGGAUUAUUUGUUCCCUAGCUGUUCAACUGGCAUUCGGGACUAUAAGCAUCCUCUCCAUUGUUAUGUAUGUAAUGCCAAUUUUUUCAGCCCUUUAGCGACUUCAUUCCUCUAGGAAUUUUGAUUAAAUUUUACACAAUGUGAAGGGACCAUAAUAUCUUGGUCAAGUUUGAAUUUCAGGGGUUUUGGGUCAAGGCCAAGGUCACUGUUACUUUAUUAAGUGGGGGAAAGUAGGGGGACAUGUAUUGUUUUAGCAAUACCCAGUAUGCUUGUUGAAGUUACCAAUUCACAGUGGAAAUAAGAGUAAUAGAGUUCAUGUUUUAUUCAACAGACAUCUGAUAACCAUCAACCAAUCUGAUCAUGGUAGUCUCAUUAAGAUUCACCUAUUUGGUAUAAGUAAAAAAAGAGUUUUUGUAAAACUAUACCAGACAGAUCUCAAUCUAAUUAAAAUCUAGAUGGUCACCCUUACUCCGUUACAUGAACAUCUAGCAACAUCUCAUAAGGGGUCACGUCAGGUUGACCUUUUGGAUUAGCCAAUCAAAUUUCUAUUCCAGAACCUUGGAAGUGAAUUUUGUAUGUCCGAAUUAGCAUGACUAGAGUACAUAGUUUGCAUAAUAUGUCAAUUUGUUUCAAGCCAUUUCGUCCCACAAAUCAUUUAGCUAUAUACAUCUGUGCCAAAAUGGUUUGCUUCAGAUGCAUACUGUGACGAAAUGUUUUGCUUCAAUUACAUCGACAAUUUGACAAUUCGCCCUGAAAGUGAAAUACACACAUCUCAAAGGUCAUCAGAACGUGACCCCUUAUGGGAUGUUGUUAGAUGUUCAUGUAACGUAGUGAGAAUGACCAUCUAGAUUUUAAUUAGAUUGGACAGAUCUAGACUUCAUGAAAACCAGAUAAUUCCAUCAAAUAUUAUCAUAGAAGUAGCCAUAUAAUCAAACUUGUGACUUGUUUGAUACAAACAAAUCUAAAAUUUCUUGAAAAGAUGUACUGUCUACAUGCGUUGAAAGGCUGAAUGUCAAAAACGAGAUAAAUUUAACAUGUUAAACUUUAAUGCAUUAUAAUGUUAGAACUAGCUUAAAAAAUAACCAGUAAUUUUUUUUGCAUUUGUAGUGUUACAUACAGCUACCAUUUAACACUUUAAAUAUGGUUUUAUUACUUUCAGAAUUAUUUCAAUGCAUUAAACUUCAUCAGAUUAACCAAUCAGUUGCACCCUAUGCAUUUAGCAUUUCGGAAGAAAAUUCUCCAUGGAAGUGGGAAAUAUGCAUGAAUAUUUGUUUGUCCAGAAAAUAAAGGCUCAACAUAUGACAAAAGAUGUAUGAAUUUCAA